GUUAAUGUUGUAUACUUGUAUGAGCAAUGCUCUGAGAUUAGACGAACGUUUUAUUAUAAAUAAUUUUAAUAUGGAUUGCGACGGUGAAACCCCAUCCAGUAGCGAUGCUAUUGAAGAUAAACCUGAAUACGAGGCUUUUAAAUCUCCUGUCUGUCUCAUAGUGUUGGGUAUGGCCGGCUCAGGGAAAACUACAUUUGUUUCAAAACUCAAUACUUACCUUCGACAAUUCAAAAGGGCCCCGUAUUUGAUAAAUCUCGACCCAGCUUGUAAAAAUAUGCCAUACACACCAAAUAUAGAUAUUAGAGAUUCUGUGAAAUACAAACAAGUGAUGAAGAAUUACGGUUUGGGUCCUAAUGGUGCAAUUGUAACCGCUUUAAAUUUAUAUACCACCAAAUUUCAUCAGUUGAUGGACCUUCUAGGAAAAUUAAAUGUUGAAAACAGUCAUGAUAUAGCUGUUAUAGACACACCUGGACAAAUUGAAGUUUUUACAUGGUCAGCAUCAGGUCAAAUACUUACUGAAAGUCUUGCAUCAACAUUCCCAACAGUUGUAGUUUAUGUUAUGGAUCUAGAAAGAAGUACUAGUCCAAUAACAUUUAUGUCAAACAUGUUAUAUGCCUGUUCUGUAUUAUACAAAACAAAACUUCCAUUUAUUGUAGUUUUAAACAAGAGUGAUAUUGUUGACCCAACUUAUGCAAUUGAAUGGAUGCAUGAUUUUGAAGUAUUUUGUGAUGCUGUAGAAAAUGAAUCAUCGUAUAUGUCAAAUUUGACUCGUACUAUGGCAUUAACUUUAGAUGAAUUUUAUAAUGAACUAAAAUGUAUUCCAGUAUCUUCGUUGACAGGCCAUAAUUUUGAUGAAUUUAUUAAGAUGGUUGAUGCAGCAGCUGAUGAGUUUCAAAAGGAAUAUCGUGUCGAAUGGAAUAAACUACGUAAAGAAAAAUUACAAACUGAAAUUUCUCAAUUAAAUAAAAAAUUAGAUGAUUUAGCAGUUAGUAGUGGCGAAGGCGAACUUGUACCUUUAUUCACCUCACUGAGUGCUGGUCGUGAGAUUUCUGAUAUCUAUCUAGCACCAAAUGCCGAUGAAAUGUCAGGAGACAGUGAAGGAGAAGAAGUGCCUGGUUUUAAUGUUAAUGAUUGAACAUGUUAAAAAGUUCCUUUUGAAAAACAACUAAUAUAUAAAUGCAAUUUCAACAUCUGAAUGAUAAAAUAUUAUUUGUAUGUGAAUAUAUUAUAAA